GGGUGGGUUCGAAGGAACCCAGGCCUACUGGGUUUCGAGGGGAAAGAGAAGGGAAAGGGGAAGGAGAAAGGGAAAGGGAAAGGGAAAGGAGAAGGAGAAAGAAAAAGAAAAAAGAAAAAAAAAGAAAAAAGAAAAAAAUUUAAAUUUUAUUUUUCAUAAUAUUUUUUUAUAUUAUUAUUUUUUCCACAUCAUCACUUUUUGACUAUAUUAUCUUCCACGUGGAUUAUUAGAUGACAUGUCAUCGUGUUCCUACCCGUGUUUCUGCUCUUCUUCUUUUCUUCUCCCCUGCAACCCGAGAAGAGCCCCAGCCACCGCCACCCACUUCCGGCCAGAAACACCGGUAAAACUUGGGGAUUUCUCCCCCUUUUCUUGUUCUAGACCAGCUAUUAAACCC